AAGGAGGCGGACAUGGGGGCCAGCGAGGCGAAGGGCGAUGUUUAGGAUGCCUCUGGCGGACUGAAGGAGCGGACGGGUUUUCUGACAACACACUUCUUUAGCUGUGAGCUCAGACACCGGCACAUCGCUCCGAGGCGGAUCGGCAGGGCUGGACUGUCCUGUCACCCGAGGCGAUGGCGUGCCCGCUGGCGGUGUCCCAGCAGAUUGUCCACGUCCGCAAGGAUGACCACAGCUUCUCGCUGGACGAGGCGGCCCUGGAGAGCGUCCUGCUGCGCGAGUCGGUCCGCGACCUGAACGUGAUGGUGCUGUCCGUGGCCGGGGCCUUUCGCAAGGGCAAGUCCUUCCUGCUGGAUUUCAUGCUCCGGUACCUGUACAAGCAGAAAAUGGGCUCCACUUCAAACUGGCUGGGCAGGGACGACAAGCCGCUGACGGGCUUCUCGUGGAGGGGCGGCUCGGAUCCUGACACCAACGGUAUACAGAUGUGGACAGAGGUGUUCGUUGUGAAGCAGCCCAGCGGAAAGAAGAUCGCUGUGUUGCUAUUGGACACUCAGGGAGCCUUUGACAGCCAAUCCACGGUGAAGGACUGUGCUACCAUCUUCGCCCUCAGUACCAUGACGAGCUCGGUCCAGGUGUACAAUUUAACCAGCAAUAUCCAGGAGGACGAUCUACAGCACCUUCAGCUCUUCACGGAAUACGGGCGGCUCGCAAUGGAUGAAACGUCAAUUAAACCCUUCCAGACUCUGGUGUUCCUAGUGCGGGACUGGAGCUUUCCCUAUGAGUAUCCCUACGGGCUGGAAGGAGGGACUAGUUUCCUGGAGAAGCGUCUGCAGGUGAAGCCUCACCAGCACGAGGAGCUGCAGCUGCUGCGGAAACACAUCCGCUCGUGCUUCCAGAAGAUCCAGUGCUUCGUUAUGCCCCACCCGGGGCUGAAGGUAGCCACCAACCCCAACUUCGACGGCAAGCUGAAAGAUAUGGAAGACGAAUUCAAGACCCACCUCCAGGACCUGGUUCAACUGCUGCUGAGCCCGGAGAACCUGGUGGAGAAGGAGAUUAACGGGGCGAAGGUCAGCUGCAGGAACCUGCUGGAGUACCUCAAGGCUUACGUCAAGGUUUUCCAAGGGGAGGAUCUGCCGCAUCCCAGGUCCAUUCUGGAGGCCACAGCUGAAGCCAACAACCUGGCUGCCCUCGCUGCAGCCAAGGAUUACUACCAGCAGGCCAUGGAGGAGCUGUGCGGGGGCGACAAGGCGUACCUGGCGCCCUCCAAGCUGCGGGAGCGGCACCUGGUGUACCGGGAGACGGCCGUGGAGAAGUUCCGCACGAUGAGGAAGAUGGGCGGCCGCGGGCUGAGCCAGCGCUACCAGGAGCAGCUGGAGGCCGAGAUCGACGAGCUGCUCGACAGCUACGCCAAGUUGAACCGCAGCAAGAACUUCGCCAGCCUGGUGCGGACGCCGGCCGCCAUGCUGCUGAUCAUCGUCAGCAUGCACCUCCUGUCGGGCUUCGUCGGCCUCCUCGGGCUGGGCUUCCUCACGGUCCUCUUCGACUUCUUCAACGGCAUGGCCCUGCUGACGCUGAUGAGCUGGCUGUACAUUAAAUACACGGGGCGGGGCCCGCUCCUGGGGGAGGUCAUCGACGCCGUCAGCGAUUCCAUCCUCGGCGGGGUCGCCAACCUGAUCAUCAGCCGCUACUUCUCCAUGCCCCCCAACACCGUCCUGGUGGGCUUGGCUCGUGCCGCCGGGAGGAGUUAGCAGACCCGCGGCCAGUCUCCAACCCAACGCCCCAACAGCCCGACCCCCUCGCCUUCGGACGGGACUCGCCCGCCGCUGCGCCUGGAGUCCUCGACAUGCUGAGCACGGUCUCUGAAUGGCUCUGCCCGCCCACGAAGGAACCAUCGACCACUGGAGGGGACAGGUGGGGG